AUAACGCAAGCCUUCUGCCUCUCCGAUAUACGAAGAAACGCCUCUCUCAAUCGUCGACCAAGACCAUGAAGCUAUUCAAAAGUGACAACGCUAUCUUGCUGUGUAUAUGUUUGGCGUCAUUGAAGACAACCAAUGGCUUUUCAUUUGUAUUUCCUUCUGUAGUAUCUCGGUCGUCAGCGGCUGUGUCUAGUCAGUCUACCGAGACAGCAAGUCAAUAUCGGAGCAAUCGACAAAAGUACACUGCAUUGUAUCAGCUAGACGACAGCGAAGACUUGUCAAACAACCUCCAGGAUGACACCAGUGAUUCCGAGAUCUUUUUCGACGACUUUGCUGACUUUGGACUUGUUGGCCAAAGCGGCAACGACGACUUGCCUCCUGCGCCAGAACAUUUGGUUCCAGGCAUUGAUCCGACCAAGACCGCGUUACACGAGCGCAUUCAACGAUUACAAAACGACGAAAGGCAAAAAGACGCUCAACUUAUGCAUAAUUGGAAACGCGGCAACUGGGAUGUUCGUGGGUUCUCCCUCGACCCGGAAUCGGCUGAUCUGGAUGUAAUGCUACCGAACCAACGAGUUCAUGUUUGCAAGGUAGCUUUGGACGAUAACGGCCGUGUUUGGGUGGGUCGACAGGACGGAAGUGUUGUUCUUGUCGGAUUAGGGGACGAAUAUUGGACACACUUUCGUUCCAAGCUAGCGGCCAACGCUCAAGACAAUGAUUCUAUAAAGGUCGCCAGUAAGCUCGUACGGGAGGAGAACUAUGGCACCAUUCCCGCGCAAGAUGACGAGGAAGAAUACGAAAUGUCUUCGGUCGCCGAACCUAGAAAGCCUUUUGAGAUUCGAAACCAAAUAUCGGCCCACGCUAGUCCGAUUUCGUCGUUGCUGGCGGUGGAUGGAUACCUCUUCACCUCUGGUCAAGAAGGGACUAUUCAGCAAUGGAUCGUUACGGAAGAUGAAAGUGACAAAGCUGCUUCCUUAACGAAAGUUGUCGCUUCUAGGCUUAUGGACGACGAGGUUCAUAAAGAUACCAUAGUUUGUCUCAAGCCAGUGUCGGUGUUGCCGGAUGAAGACCCCACCGUUAUAUUUUCGGCAGCAAAAGACGGAUCACUGGCGCUCUGGGAUUUACACAUGGGAGAGUUGCUAUACAAGUGUCAAAUUGUCGGUGACAAAAGUGCAAUGGAUAAGUCUUUGCUUGAUGUAUCCUCUGCUGAUUCGGACGGAGUCAACAUAUACAUUGGAACAAACGAAGGUCAGGUGCUAGCAUACACAGUCAAGGCGCUGCUAGAGUCGGCCUCGACUGGUCGUGCUUCCUGUCCGCUCCCAAACGGUCAAUGGACGGUGACCGAGCCCGGUGAGACAGUCACUAGUUUAGCUUGUGCUGGAAAGGGUACACUUGGGCGUGGGUCAGCGCAAGAAACAACUGUCUUGCUUACUGGUUGUGCUAGCGGUACCGUGAAACAAUUCGAAGUCUUCGCUCGGAGAAUGCCUGGAACUUCGGAAAAAACACAGUCAGUCAAGCUGGAGCAGUGGCCGAAGAUGUCGUCGCAGCGACUGCGAAAGAAAGCCCAUGUGUUUUCUGGCCACGAAGCACCUGUAACCGCUCUUUGUGCUGUUGACUCCACCAAAUUCUUAUCGGCCAGUGCGGAUGGUACUAUUCGAGCCUGGGAUACUUCCAACGGCAAAGAGUUGUUCGCAAUGGAUGGAUUCACCUCGGAAAUAAGUAGUUUAUGCUUUCAGGACGCCCUCCUUGUGACUGAUGGCAUGGAGAAGUUUGUUUGCGUCCAUGAUUUUGAUGUAGAUCCAAACGGCAAUGGUGAUUUUGAAAUUGAGAUGGACGAGUGGUGA